AUGUGGGAGUCGUGGCUGUUUGUGAAGAUAUUUGCUGAGGAUAUCGUGACUGUCCGCAAGACACAGGUCAGCAAGUACGUGCUAGGAGUGCUGAUCUGUUCGUUGGGCGCAAGCGUAACGAGUGAAUUUGCCCAAAGCGUGUUGUCGCGAGGUCAAAGAGUGUUUGAUGUGAAAGAUAUUGUUUGUAAUUUCUGGGGCAGUCUGCUUGGUGUGGGCAUUGCUUUCUACCAGGACCGAUAA